GACGCUGGAUGGAGAUAGAGAGGGGGAUUGCCUCGGAGGGGAAACUUUUCCCCCCUUUGUUUUUUUAAGUGCCGUUUACUUCAGCGGAGAGGAAAGGAGAGGGGAGGUGUGUGAGGGAGGAUAGUUCAGAUUUUCCAGAGAGGAGGUUCACUUGGAGUAGUUUGGUGUGGAGUCACAGACGGGAACUUCAACGGUUAAUUCAGACACAAACGUGUGUGACUGGCUGAGGCUCCGCGGAGAAUGGAAACUAGCUAACCCCCCUCACAUCUGUAGUCACAGCUAGGUUCGCGUUUGAAAACAUUUAAAUGAGGCAGCGAUUUGAACAAAAUGAUGCCGUUGUUGUCGGUUUUGCGCAGUCUGUGAGUUUAAAAAGAGUCUACGGAGAAGUUGGGAGAAAACCGGUUUUCCCUGGUACCCUACCGCCGCUUUUGUGUUAGUGAAUGGUGGGGUGUUUUUCCUGUUUGACAGGGCCAAUUGUCAAGGAGAAGUUACAACUGCCAAACACACCGGCUCAUUGUCACGAGACCUGCUCAGAUGGACUUGAGAUAACAGCACCAGAAGUUCCACCUUUGUCCCAAUCUCCAGCCUCCCGCAUUCGCCCAGAAUGGCAGAUCCCACCGGGCUGAGCUCCGAAGGGGCCGCAGGCACGGCUGAGGUCGACGUCUGCAGUUUGGAGAUAGAGAGGAAUUAUGAUGUCAUCCCUGCCGUCAUCUGCUCCAUGUGUUGCCUGUUUGGCAUCAUCUACUGCUUCUUCGGUUACCGCUGUUUCAAGGCUGUCAUGUUCCUGUCUGGUCUGAUGUUUGGCUCCGUCAUCAUUUUCUUGCUGUGCCACAAGGAGCAUGUGCUGGACACCCAGCUGAGCGUGGAGGCCAGCGCAGGUAUCGGCCUCGGUAUCGGCCUGCUGUGCGGUCUGGUCACUAUGCUGGUGCGAAGCGUCGGCCUCUUCAUGACCGGCCUGCUGCUGGGGCUCCUCCUGGCUGUCGCCGCCCUGCUGGUCACUCACCAGUUCUACCCUCCCACUUCAGUCUGGGUCCCACUGGGUACACUUCUAGGGACGGGCAUGCUGUUUGCUGUGCUGGCACUGCAGUGGCAAAAGCUCUUCACCAUGCUCUCCACGGCUGUGUUUGGGGCAGCUAUCAUGACAGUGUGCGCUGAUUACUUUGUGGAGAUGCUGGUGUUGGCUACGCAUGUGUACGAAUGCUUGCGCCUCACAACCGGGCCACCUCUCUGCUGGUACAGCUGGGUCAUUCUGGGCAUCUGGCCCGCCCUCAGCCUCAUAGGAGUACUGGUUCAGUGGAAACUGACGGAUGACAGCUUCUCGCACACUGAGGUCGUUAUCAGUCGGAGACAGAAGAGAGUCCAGCUGAUGCGGAUUCGAGAGAAGGACGCCAAGAAGCGACAGCAGGCAGGUGGGCAGGAAGGCACUUACCGCCGUAAACCCACCCCAGUGAAACGUUACGCUGGGGAUCUACUGGCACCGAGCUACCUGCAAAGUCUGCGGGACAGACAGAUGGGCACAGGCACUUCCCUUAGCAGCCUGGGCACUGCCAACCACACCAUGAUCGACUUGGACUACGACACCGGGUCCACUGCGCCCCUCACAGCUACAACCCCAGUCGUCAGGGUCUGAGCGAAACAGACAUAAGAAGGGACUACUUUGUGCUCUCUGGUCCUCCAACUGUGUUUUCCUAACGUAGAGCAGAACCAACAAACGGCUCCUCUCGUGCUCUUACAUUGAUGUGGAGUGAGGAUGUCUGUCAGUCCUGGGUGUUUGGUGAAAGAGAAUGCUGCUUUUUGGGGAGAAGUAAGAGAUACCACCUGUUUGGUGAAAGCUAUAAUAUAACCACUGUGUUUCUCAGAGAAACACUUAAAAACAGAUACUAACAAAGUAAGGUCUUCCAUUUCCUCUUAUAAUGUAUUAAAUACAUAAACAGCAAGUACGAGCCUCAGAUGUAUUUCUGUUUUGAUAGUGAACAUGACAAAACAAUUUGUGUGACAUUACAUGUACUGUACUUAAAAUGUUAGUCAUUGCCAUGAAGUGUUGUGUUAUUACAUGUCUUACCUGUCUAACUGUGUGAAAGUGUAUCAUUUUAAUAACUGUGUAUAUUUUUAGAUGGAGUUUUGUGAGAGAUUAAAAUAUGACAUGGAGAUGAUACAUGGAGUGUGACAAAGUGAAGCAAAAACUAAAUGGUGAAAAUAAAAAACUGUUUCUAUUUCCUGUCAGAAUACAGUAGGUGAAGAAUUUAGACUGUUGUGUAUGCAUGUGGAGUAAACGUUUUACAAUUUAAUUUAUAUAAUGACAGUACAUGGUAGGGUUGAAAAAAGGACAAAAAACAAAGCAUGUUUGUUGUUAAUUUGUAGAUUUUUAAAUAAUCAUCCAUUGUGUUUGAAUUUUGCAGGGACAAUGCACUUGUUACCUGAAUCUGUACAUACCUGUUGAUAGACAUUUCGAAGAUAAAUAAAUGUGUUUGAUACAAAA